UAAGGACUCCAGUAAACUAAUUAAGGCCCACCCACCUUGAAUGGGCAGGGUCACACCUCCAUGGAAAUAUUCUAAUUGAGAGGUCCUAUCCAUAAUUGGGUGGGGUCACAUCUCCAUGGAAACAACCUAAUCAAAAGACCCCAUCCACAAUAGGUCUGCCCCCCAAGAGUGGAUUAAAGACCAUGGCUUUUUAUGGGGAACAUAACAGAUCCAAACCAUCACAGAAGCUGAGGGCACCUGCCUUGCCCUAUUCCCCCGCAGCCCUGGGUGGGACACUGCUGUGUUUGGAGACGUGGCACGUCUGGGAUGUCCACUUGGCAUGGAGUUAACAUGCACUCAUGGAGCAGUCCCUCGUCUGCGUAGGCCUCUGCAGUUGAAGUGUCACACUCUCUGCCUUGAAUUAGAAUUAUUUCCUGAUAAUUUAGGAGCGGCAUCCAGGAUUGGAAGGAAGCAUCUUUCCUAUAGGGGAGGACACCCAGCUCAGAGAUCACAGAGGCCACUGGACAGAAUGGGCCUAGAACCUAAGUUCCUUCUUCCUCUGGUUACAGCUUUUCCCAGUAUAUUAAACACUUCCCAAACAAGAGGAAAAUCUUGACACAUUCCAUAAUGGGCCAUAAUGUCAUGAGUUAGGAUCUUCGGGAAUGCAGGUUUUAGUUCUCAAGCCUGGAGGGCUUGUGCUGAUGUGGUAAGGCAUAAAAAACCCAACACUUCUGGCCAGGGUGGGUUUCAGUAACGAGUGGAAAGGAGCCCCGAGCACUUGUCCCGAAGGUUCAGCUGUGUGGACGCUGGGCAGGGUGCCCUGCCCAUCCAGUGUGGUGGGGGGAUGGAGCUCUGUGUUUGACUUGUCAUGUGUUGCCACAGCACUUAGUGAGGGAGCUGAUUUAGGAGGGGUAAAUGUUUGCUUUCGGUAAUAGAGUUCAGUUGAAGAGUGUUUGCUUUCAGGCAGGGUAGCUGAUUAUUGAUACAAAUCUAGAUUUUCCUGUGCUGCCAGUGCCAGCGUGUUGCACUGGCUUGGAAGGUCUGUCGCUGGUACCAACGUCUGCAGUUUGUUUUCCAUUGUUUGCUCUGGUUACUGGGCUGUCUGAGGUCACUCAGCUGCACACAGAGAUGCAGAAGCCAGUUUCCCCACUUUCUGAUGUCGCCGCAGCUUUUCCCUUCCAACUUGAACUGUGGCUUUCUUGAUUUCCAGAAGGAGAGCUGUUUUUUGGGUGGUAGUGGUGGUAAGCUCUUGUUUUGGAUGCUUUUUUUCAUAGACAGCCAUCAGCAUCCACGGCUAUUGGAUACGUGGGUCCACGGCCACGUUCCUACCGGGACCUUUUUCCUUGUCGCCUGGGACGAGGAACCUGCAAACGCCCAGAGAGACAGCCUGUCUGAGGACUCUGGCCUUAAAGGUCCAUAUCUCAUUCCGAGGAGCAUCAUGGCCGAGCCAGACUACAUUGAAGAUGACAAUCCUGAGCUGAUUCGGCCUCAGAAACUAAUCAAUCCUGUCAAAACAUCUCGGAACCAUCAGGAUCUUCACAGAGAACUUCUCAUGAAUCAGAAAAGAGGUCUUGCCCCUCAGAAUAAACCAGAACUGCAGAAGGUAAUGGAAAAGAGAAAACGAGACCAAGUAAUAAAGCAGAAGGAAGAAGAAGCACAAAAGAAGAAAUCCGACUUGGAAAUUGAACUAUUAAAACGGCAACAGAAGCUGGAACAGCUGGAACUCGAGAAGCAGAAGUCACAAGAAGAGCAAGAGAAUGCCCCGGAGUUCGUGAAGGUCAAAGGCAAUCUCCGAAGAACAGGCCAUGAGGUCGCCCAGGCCCAGGAGUCCUAAGGGGCUGCACGGAGCCCUGGCACGGCCAGUCCGUCCGCACCCAGCCGUGUCCGUGGGACCCUCCUCAGCGCUUCCUCUCAGGACGAGCCCCUGCAAGGGCGUCCAGCCCACAGGACUCUCGCGCUGUCCGGAGGACAGGUUUGGGUUUUCCUCCCCCUGCCGUCUGGGUGGGUGAGUCGCCUGGGAUGGCUGCAGUUCCCAUUCGCCAAAUGAAGGACAUUGACCAGCACAUCCAUUGGGGUAAUGAACCUGUGUUCAGAGACUUUAAAAAAAGAAGAGGACACUGGAAUAAAUUCUUGAGGGUUGCACUGUUUGGUUUUCCUUCCAAUCCAACUUUAGUGGGGCACAGAGCCUUUUUUUUUGUUUAAAGCUAAAGAAAUUAUGUUUAAUCCUUCUUGUUAUCUGUAAGAUAGUUUAAUUUGCCUUAGUUUGCAUUUAUUCUGUUCUAGCCAAUAUCUGUGAACUCUUUUGAGAACCGAACAUUUUCUUUUUCAAUUUAUACGUCCAUCCCUGUUAGAAUUGACACCAGGGAAUGUUACUGUUGGGCCCAGCACUAGAAUUCAGAAAUAGGGUGAGAAGGUUUAAAACCAUGUGAACCAAAAUGUGUUAACAUCCGUCUCCAUCUUAUUUUCAUCCUUUUUGGUUCUCUAUAUAAUAGUAUGCUACAUGAUGAUAUUCCGGCACAGACGAGGUGCAUUGUGUAGGUCCGUUUCUUGCUUUGAGUAAUGAAAAGGGUGUUUUGUUUUGUUUUAAAAUGUCAGCGUUAGAUGAGACAUAUACUUUUAGAUGAUGUAUUCUCCUGUUCCUUUGGCAAAUAGAGACUAGUCCAUACAGCCCAACCCCGUGUCAAAAGGAGAGGGUCCAAAAUCUUUUGAUUUCUUCUGAGAGUGUAAGGAAAGUUCCCAUUGGGAGCUGGGCAAUGCGUUCUUUGUGUGUUUUAAUGUGAAGCCAGUGUCGACUCAAGGAGACUUCGUUGGAAGAUUUGUAGCAUUCAUACAUUUUGAAUAUCAUUAGAAUCCAAGGUUUGGAAGUUUCUGGUUCGUGGUCACAUGUUUCUUUGCCUGUAUUUUUUCUUUCAUCUGUUUCUCAUGGAGAAGGACUUUUCGCCAGCCUUCGUGUGGUGACACUGUUGAAGAUGUUGAUGACUACUGUAUCGUGUCUCAGGAAAAGCUGAAGUGAAGGGAGAGGCUGCCCAAGGUCCUCAUUUUAGCCAGAGCACACUUUGAAGGAAAGACCAAGUGACAGACAACAGCAAAAUCCAUUUUAUAGGGGUGAUCAGCACAGGGGGCUCUUUCAGUUGAGUGGUGCAUGGUUCAGGAUGUUCUCCAUACGGACGAGGCAGCCAGUAAUUCCUACAUUCAAGACUCUUCUUACAUCUCCUUUAAAGGCUCAUUGAAUGCUGGAUCCUGAGCUUUUGAAUCCUGAAUCAACCUAGUAGAAAUUUGCUUUCUAUGGAGAUGCUUUCAUCUUAAUGGUUGACGACUGGCUCAUGUCGAUUCCCACGGUGAACAAGAGAAAAGUAAAUGCAGUGAUACUGCUAGUUAGACGACAUGUUAGUUAAUUACACCUGAAAUGGAUUGUUUUAUCUCAUCAGCAAGUAUUAUUUGGAUAAAAUAUGAGAUGCUUAAGAUAAAAUUUUGCUACGUAACAGUUUGCUCUGGAAGGAUGGAUCAGUUAAUGGUUCUCUCUGUCAUUCUUCCUUUUGAGGGAAGCCAGCGUGGUGACUGGUGCAUUUCUGACUCCACACUAACUGGAAUUUUUUUUUGUGUGUGUAUAUGGACUAACGAUGUGGUUAAGAUUCACGCCUGGCUGAUAUCCUUUUAUCUAACUGGAUAUCAGUUGUUUAGUUCUGUACCCCAGAAGCAGUUCUGCUGCUUGAUAAAACUCUCAAGGACCCCAACAGCCUCCUUUAGAAGGACCAAUUCUGUUCCUAGAACUUACCUAGAAUUCAGUCUUUGCUGGGGGAAAGAAAUUACAAAAGCAUUUCCCUCCUAAUUUCCCACAGAAACCUGCAGAAUUAUUUGUAGUUAAAAGUACAAGGUCUGGGCAAAAGAUGACUUGUAAAUAGUGUGAAGUGAUGUUAUAUGAGUGAGCUGUGGGAGCACAGAGAAGCUGUGCAGUGGUCUGGUCAAGCAAGCUUAAGUUUAAAAAGGCGGUCAGUCCCCCUCACACCUGAAUGUACAUUCCCAUCCCCAGGACCCGAGCCCCUGAGCAGUUUUGUGCUUUGAGCCACUUUUUGACAAAACUGGCUCCAUUUUCCACUCAAUGCUUUUCUUAAAAUAGUUCAGUGUUUUAUAGUUUCCUAGUAGUAAAGUAGCAUUGCUUUCUAAGCUAAAACAGUUGACUUUAUUCUUCUACUCUGAAAAAUCUUGACUUGUUUGAGUGUAUAUAAUAUAUAUAAAGGGAGCCUUAAUGGAUUUGUUUUCAUAAUUUAAUAUUUUUUGUAUUUGCUCUUGUAUAAUUGUUUUUAACGGAAAGUAUUACAGAAUCGAGGGUGGAAUUCUUAGAACCAAAGUUAUUCUUAAUAAAAAUCACCACAUGCUUGGACCA